AUGGGAGCCUAUGUCACGGUAUCAACUUUUCUGAUGAUGUAUCGCACACAUUGCCAGCGUAUCCUAGACACGGUGAUCAGAGCCAACUUCGACGAGGUCGAGAGCUACCUUCUUCAUUUCUGGCAGGGUAUGCCAACCCACAUGCUCUGUAUACUGGACUCACAAAUAAUCGCCGAUAUAGUCGGUCUUUGUGAUUCGGUUCUUUACAAGGCAAUUGCUGGUGUACUAAUGCCGUCUGUCACCCAAACACUACCAGAGAGUUUGGCGCUGGUUAUUGGCACCUUCUCCCAGCGGUUGGAAGAAUGGCUUCAGACUGCAAUGGAGCAUCUCCCGGAGUUACUCUGCAACGUCAAGUUCAGAAUGGCAAGAUAUUUCAGCCAGCUUCUAGAGAGACAAACCUCUCUGAACCAUCUCUGCCAAGCCGCAAAGGGUAUCACUCAGAACGGUGAGGUCACGUCUCAGAUGGCCGAGGAUUGGUCAAUGGUAGACGUUAGGACGAUAGUCAGCCAAACCCUGUAUGCAGUGCAAGACAUGGGUCCAGCACCACGCCUGUCAAAAUUUUGUGAACAGUUUCAGGAACUGCUGGACAAUCAAUCUUCACUGGAAUCUUACACGAACUGGCUGGAUAAACACUUGCUGAGCUGCGUUCAAAAGCAGCCGCUAUCGGGUCAGAGUUCAAAGAGUGUGUGUCAAAGGUCAAGACAGUUCAUGCUCACCUGGUCUUGCUUCAGCACCAAAGUCCUACGUGACAUGACACUACACAGCUCUCCAAGUUUUGGAUCGUUCCAUCUCCUGUACAUGACACUAGACGAGUACAUCCAUUAUAGAGUGCAGACCAUUCUAACUCAAGACAGGGCCGACUGUUUGCUCUGUAGACUAAAAGGAGAAGCAGAUACAAGUUACGAAGCUACUGAGGUGUUACCAUCAGGUACUGAGAGACGUUCAAUCCACACUGCAGCAACGCAUCAGCGGUUCCAGCAUCAGUUCAGUGACAACUCCCCUUCUCAAAGUCAUGAUUCAACAAGUCCAACCUCCUUGACUUUUGACCUUCAACCGAUACUACCAUCCGGCCAAUCUAAGAUAACGCCAAGCUACAUGGCCUGUUUGGAGUCGCACGACCCUGUCCACCUGUCUUCAGCCAUGAGAGGAGUGUCAUCGUUCCGUCAGCCAGCAUCCUCUGUGGGUUUUGGAGAAUGCUCGUCACUACCAUCAAUUCACAGCUCAGGGAACAGUGCCUUCACACCCGUCACUAGCUUCAACAGCUAUGCAUCAUUUGAUCGGCCCCAUUCGACCCGCUCCUUGCUUCAUCAACAGCCUAACUAUGCAAGAUCUUCAUUCCCCUUCACUGGCUUCCAGAAUCACGGUCUCCUAACCAACGACACUCACUCAACAUACCCAGGUCGUGAAGCCAUGCUUCAUGCAGCUGCCACACAGGGAAAUUAUAACAACCAGUUUGAGCCAGUAGAAACUAGAUACGGGCAGUUUCAACUGGUUCCCCAACUGCCAAAUGACUCGACCGGUGCAUUUACAAAAGACCAUGCUAUCCAAGAUAUUUCCACUGGAAGAAACCAUAGUUUCCGCAACCCGGAAAGCUUUGACUUUCGCCAUGAGCCGUCAAGUAUAACCUUUCAUAAUGCAACACAUAACACUGACGAGUGCCCAAUGUACUACUCGUCUAAUCUUUGCAGUGAGUACGACGGCAAGAAUGCAGGUUCAUCUAUAGAGAUUGUUGAGGCAGGAGACUUGUACAUCGACGAGGAGGAAGGCCAUAAUGGGGUAGCCACGGGGAGCCAGUACAAGGAGCCAUAUCAGCACAUCCAAGCUGUCAAUUAA